AUGAAGUUCACCACCGUCGCUCUCACCGCCCUCUCCCUGGCCGCCACCGAGGUCUUCGCUCACCCCGAGAAGUUGACCAAGGAGAACGCCAAGCGCGAAGCCGCUCUGGCUGGCCGCUCCACGAACAAGUGCGCCGCUGCCAUUGAGAAGCGCAAGGCCGAGAUCAUCGCCAAGCGCUCCCAGCGCCUCUACGAGCGCCGCGUCGAGAACGGUGACUUUGUCCCCAACGUCCAUGGCAUGUCGAAGCGCAACACCCUGCAGUACACCAGUAUCCAGAACAACACCUGCCUCCUGGCCCCGGAGACCAUCUUCGGCCCCUAUGGCGUCGAUGGCGAGAUGAACCGCCACGAUCUCCGCGAGUCUCAGCCCGGCAUUGACUUCUACUUCGACAUCGGCAUCAUGGACAUCAACACUUGCGAGCCUCUGGAGGGCGCCUCUGCUUCCAUCUGGCACUGCAACGCUACUGGAUCUUAUGCCUCCUUUACCGGCAUUGACCCUGACACUUCGGAGCUUCUUGACGGCUGGAGCAAGCGCGCCGACGGCACUACUGAUGACGAGACUUUCCUCCGCGGUGUUCAGGUCUCGGACUCUAACGGCAUGAUCGAGUUCCUUACCAAGUUCCCCGGCUACUACACCUCUCGCUCCACUCAUAUCCAUGUUGCUGUCCAAGCCAAUGCUUCUUCAGGUGUUGGCUACAGCCAGAGCGCCAUUCAGCACGUUGGUCAGCUCUUCUUCGAGGAGGACCUCCUUUCCCAGGUCUACGCCGUCAGCCCCUACUCUUCCCACCUGGAGACAUUGAACCGCACCACCAACGCCGAGGACUCUGUUCUGUCUAGCGCUAGCGAGGAUGGCUACAGCCCUUUCAUCAGCGUCUCCCUGCUUGGCGACAGCAUCGAGGAUGGCCUUGUCGGUUACAUCACCAUCGGUGUCAACUCGACCGGCGACAGCAUUGCGACUACCGGCACCGACGUCAACCCCCAGGGUUGGAUCCCCACCGUCUCCGUUGGCACUGCUAAGCUGGCUGAGGCUACUGCCGCUGACGCCGCUGCUGGCUACACCUCCUAA